AUGGAGGGCUUUGUUUAUCCCUUCAGCACAUACCAGAGCCUCAGGGGCAGCCUCACACCAAACCGCAGCAGGGACCCAGCACUGAAGCAGCCCAGCUGGAAGCAGAGCAAGAGCAGUGGCAUCAGCCCCUUCCUCGGGGGGCCCCUCAGCCCCAUGCCCUCUGACUACCUUGAAGGCUACCGGCGGGCCCAGCUCCAGGCCCUGUUGUCACAGGUGAGCCCUGGGCUGACCCCAAGGCUGCACAGAGCCAGCACCAAGGAGGUGGGCGUGCAGGUGAACCUGCGCUCUGAUGCAGCUGUGCAGUGCUCAUUGGGGCCACGCACGCUGCCCCUGGGACAGCCCCUCGGCCCCGCCGCCCUUCGCACCCAGGGGCACCUCGCACUCUACUCGCCUGUGCUGGACCGCCGCCUCUUCACGCUGCCUGAGGCUGCUGGACCCCAGGAAAAGGAUGAAGUGUCUGAAACAACACCUGAGGAGCAGAAGGUGGAGGAUGCUAUCGGGGAGCAGCAGGAGAGCUGGGCAGAGGCUGCUCUGCCAAGUGAGGAGAAGGAGGAGGCAGCAGCAGCCCCUAGACAACGGGCUGUCUUCCAGUUCUUGGAGCAGAAGUAUGGCUAUUUCCACUGUAAAAACUGCAAGACCAGAUGGGAGAGUGCUUACGUGUGGUGCAUUUCUGGAAGCAACAAGGUGUACUUCAAGCAGCUCUGUCGAAAAUGCCAGAAGGGCUUCAAUCCCUAUCGAGUGGAAGCAAUCCAGUGCCAGACCUGUUCAAAGACUCGUUGUUCCUGUCCUCAGAAGAAAAGACACAUUGAUCUUAAGAGACCUCAUCGCCAAGAACUUUGCGGCCGCUGCAAAGACAAGAGGCUGUCCUGUGAUAGCACUUACAGCUUCAAAUACAUUGUCUGAUCUGUGUGCCCUCUUCUCUUUUGUGCUUUGCUCUAUGUCUGUCUCUUGCAGUGUUUUGACUUUAGGCUUUUGACCAGGCAUUGGAUAAUGGAUAAAGACUUUUGUAUUAUUUAUAUACAAUGAAGUUACAUACUUUAUAUGCUGUGAAUAAAGAUCAAUAAAAGUUUGCAUUAAUUUGUUA